AUGUUUAUUAAAGAAAAACCUGUCAAUGUUUUAGUGGAUACUGGUUCCCCCACAUCAUUUAUUAGAGCCGAUAUUGCUGACAACCUCAAGUUAACACGUUCUACCGCUCCGCCAUUCCGUUUUAGAGGUGUUGUAUCAUCCGAAUCGUCAUACACUAACGAAUCCACCGAAAUUUUACUUGAACUCGAUGACAUAAAAAUUAAAACACCCGUAUACAUAACUGAUGCUAUUACUUUUGAAAUCAUAAUAGGACACCCGAUUAUAUCAUCUCACCCGCUGCUCCACAAGAUAUUAAAUAACAAGAAACCGGUCCCUGAAUACAUUGUAUCCGUACUUACCGAGAAUGAUACCGAAGAAUUAGAUGCUGAAAAUGCUGCUGCUGUGUUUGCUAUAAAGAUUUCUGAAACAGAUACAGAUGAUCGAUUUGAUAAACUACCUCGCUGGUUAAAAGAGAAAUAUUCUGCUACGGUCCGCGAUGAUUUACCACCUAAGAAAUUCGCUGAACCUCCAAAGGUUGAACACGAGAUCGAAAUUAAGCCGGGUGCACGCCUGCCUAGAAGACAGCCAUAUCAGACGACACCAAAAAUAGAACAAGAGAUAAACCUGAUCGUUGCCGACCUUCUCGAAAAGAAAUUCAUUGUACCCUCCAAAUCACCCUGUAGUUCACCAGUGGUUCUAGUUAAAAAGAAAGAUGGUACAUAUCGUUUAUGUGUGGACUACAGAGCUCUAAAUACUGUGACAAUCAAAGACCCGUUUCCAUUACCUAGAAUCGACAACCUAUUGGCCAAGAUUGGCUCUUCAACCAUUUUUUCAACUUUGGACCUCCACUCAGGGUAUCACCAAAUACCUAUGAAAAUGGACGAUCGUUUCAAAACCGCUUUCGUUACUCCUAAUGGAAAGUAUGAAUAUACCGUCAUGCCGUUUGGUCUCGUUAAUGCUCCAAGCACGUUUGCUCGUUAUAUGGCUGAUUUAUUUAGGGACUUACCAUAUGUCUGUGUUUACCUCGACGAUAUUUUAAUUCACUCCCGUUCCGUUGAUGAACAUUGGAAACAUAUAGACAUCGUAUUGCAAAGGUUAACUCAAGAAGGAUUAAUUGUAAAAAAGAAAAAAUGUAACUUUGCCGCUAAAUCUGUUGAAUUUUGGGAUACACUAUCUCUGCUAAUAAAAUCCAACCGUUGA